AUGGGCGGCGCUCCGGCUCACAUAUUCGUCGUGAGACACGGAAACCGCCUUGACGCCGCAAACAAGCAGUGGCAUCUACAAUCUCCAACCCCUUACGAUCCACCCCUCACCUACUCCGGAUGGAAUCAGGCGCGAGCCGUAGGUCAGAGGAUCAGGCAGAUCCUCCGCGAAAGAGACAGUCGGGAUGAUGCCGCAGCAGCAGCAGCAGCAGCAGCAGCAGCAGCAACAGCAACAACAGCAGAAGCUGGAACAUCGAAGCGCCGCAAGUUCAAGAUCGUUGUCCACUCCUCGCCCUUCCUGCGCUGCGUCCAGACCUCCAUAGGCAUCAGCGCCGGCCUCGCCUCUGACCCCGAGCCCCAACCUGCCACUCCUGCCCGGGCCUCUUCCAUCCAUUCCUCCACCAACCCCCGACUCCGACCUACCAACAACGCUGACCUCCCCCCUUCCGACCCUGCUCCUCCCUCAGACCUGCCCGCCCCGUCUGAGACAGUGCCCGCCCCGCCCAGAGACCUCGUUGUCGAGAAGACCGUCCUCCGCCUCGAUGCCUUCCUCGGGGAAUGGCUCACACCGGGUUACUUCGAGGUCAUCACUCCGCCUCCGAGCUCGGGUCUGAUGUUAGCCAGCGCCAAGGCAAAUCUGCUGCGCAGGGAGGACUACAGCACGAACCCCAACUUCGCCGCCUAUAACAACCAGAAUGCCAGCCAGCCGUCCUGGGCCGCCGCCGCCGUGCCCAGCCCGACGUCACCCGUGAACACCUCGGACAACGUGUCUAGCCUCGCCGAGGCCCUCAGGCGUGCAGGCAGGAGCAACAGUGUUACAAGCGUCAUGAGUAAUGGGGAGUCACGCCUGCUGACAGGAGGGACCUAUGUUCCUCCCGUGCCGACGUACGCCAUUUCCCACAACGCCGAGAUACCCAAUGGCUAUGUCCCACAUGCUAGGGACAACUGCUGCGAGGUGGACUACCAGUGGGACUCGAUGCGGGGCACUCUCGACUGGGGUGAUGGCGGUACGCUGGGCGAGGAGUGGACACACAUGCACCACCGAUUCCGGAAGGGCCUGCAGAAGCUGGUGGACUGGUACGCCACGGCCGAGAACCCCUCAGACAUGGUCACCAAGGUGCGCCGUAAUAGCGUCGCGGACGACUACGUCAUGGUCGACGAUGAGGACGUUGAGGUCGAGUCCGUGGUUGUCAUCGUAUCUCACGGCGCCGGCUGCAACGCCCUGAUCGGCGCCAUCACACACCAGCCCGUCCUGACAGACGUCGGUCUGGCGUCGCUCACGCAAGCCGUCAGGAGACCCUGCGCCAGCGAGGUCGAGGAGGACGCAUCAGUCCGCGUCGCGUCAGGCGGCGGCGACACCGUCUCCCACCCUUCCGGCCUCAUUGCCAUCCACAAGCACUACGACUUGAAAUUGUUUGCCAGCAACGAGCACCUGACCUCCACGCGCGGCUCCAGGUCAGGCUCGAUACCAGCCCUGAUGGCCCCGCCCAGCCACGGCCCAGGUAGCCGCAGCACCUCGGCAGUGACAAACUUUGGCGGUAUGAGGCGGGACUCGGCAUCCUCAUCUCGGUUCAGCAGCAGCAGCGGUGGUGGUGGUGGUAGCGGCAUCACGGUGGGCAGUGGUGUGACCUCGUUUACCAGGCCGUCGCUUGCACUGGGCGGCCUCUGGUCUCCGCUCCGUAACACCCUCGGGGUGCCGGACGACGAUGAUGAUGAUUUCCUCCCGAACUUUGGCGGCUUUGGGACUGCCGCACCGAGCACGAACACGACCACGACCACGACCAUGCCUGAGGAGCCGACGCCCGAUGCGGUCUCUCCACGAACGAAUGUCGAGCGCCGCAGCACCACCUCUUCUGAAAAUCACAGCGAGGAGCACAAAGACAUGCCGGGGCCUCUGCCGCAGCUGGGUUUGGGUGCAGGCGGGCUUUGGGGCAGCCACAAACCGAUAGAAGAUAGCGUAUCACGAGAUCUAUCCUCGUCGAAGAGGCGGUGGACGGUGAAUGAAAGGUGGUGAGGGAAAGGAGGGGGGAGAGAAGAAGAAGAAAUAAGCUGAACGGCGCAUUUCAUUUUUCGAGACUUGAACUUCCGAGUCUUUUCCAUUGACACAGCACGGCGUAUAAGGCUAGGAAAGGUGUUAUUCCGCCCCAUAACGACUCAAUCUUGUUGAUUGUGUGUAUAUACAGAGAUGAUUACAGCAUCUUCCGGUGUGAGGGAAAGGGUCGAAAGGGGGAAGACAGGUGUUCUGGAGCAUUGAUCACUGGAAGCGAAAAAGGGACAGGCUGGAACAGGGACCAUGAUGGGAAAGCAUGAGUUGGGAUGGCAUGAUCAGGUUCAGAUUGCUCUACUCUCUACUAGAUUUUAGUUUUUCAAAAGUUGAAGAAUGGCUUUGUUGAGUCC